GCAGCGAGUGUAGCUCAUCCUACAGCCAGUAGUGGCCAGCAGCAAACAGCAGCCCUGGUGGCGGUCGAGGAGGAGCGGAACGAGAAGGAGGAGGAUAGACAGAUUCGGGGCGAAUCGUAGACCCGCUGAGACACAGAGAGGGAAAGGGAACGAAGAGAACAGGACUCCCUCGACGUCGACUGAGCCAUGGCCACUGAAACAGUCUCUCCGGCAUGUACGGGGUCCAGUUUGCUGCAGCCCAUCAGCGAAAUCAUAAAUCUGCCCCUGGAUCAGGUCAACUUUGUGGUGUGCCAGCUAUGUGCUCUGCUAACGGCGUUCUGGUUCCGUCUGUACCUCCACCCCAAGAGGAGCAGUCCCUUCAUCAGACAUGUGGUCGCCACCCUCCUGGGCCUCUACUUCGCCCUCUUCUGCUUCGGCUGGUAUGCGCUCCACUUCUUGGUUCAGAGUGGGCUGACGUAUGGCAUCAUGAUCCUGACCGGAGUAGAGCACAUGCACAAAUACUGCCUGGUGGUUGCCCUUGGUUACCUGAGCUUCUGUCAGAUUACACGGGUCUACGUGUUUGAUUAUGGGAUGUACUCUGCAGACUUCACAGGGCCCAUGAUGGUCAUCACGCAAAAGAUAACCAGUCUGGCGUUUGAAAUCCAUGACGGAAUGGCCCGUAAGGAGGAGCAUCUGACACCUGGGCAGAAAAUAUUGGCCAUAAGGAGAAUGCCCAGUUUACUGGAGUACUUCAGCUACAACUGUAACUUCAUGGGCAUCCUCGCUGGCCCCACCUGCUCCUACAACGACUACAUUGCCUUCAUCGAGGGCGGGACCUGUUGUCAUAGAGACUUUGAGACCAGUAGGAAGGCCUGUGGAAAAGUGAAAGGGAGCGAGCCUUCACCGAAUACGGUGGUGGUCCAGAAGAUAGCGACAUGCUUCUUCUCCCUCAUGGUGUUUCUGUUGGUGUGUAAAGUGUUCCCCGUCGAGCGCAACAUCGACGACGACUUCAUCGCCAACACGCCGUUCUACGCCCAGGUCGUGUACCUGUACCUGUCCAUGCUCACCACGCGGCCAAAGUACUACUUUGUGUGGACGCUGGCGGAUGCCAUAAACAACGCCGCAGGCUUUGGGUUCAACGGCUACAACCUGGACGGCUCCCCGCGCUGGGACCUCAUCUCCAACCUCAGGAUCCAGAACAUCGAGUUGGCAACCAGCUUCAAGGUAUUCCUGGACAACUGGAACAUCCAGACAGCACACUGGCUCAAACGGGUUUGUUAUGAGCGCUGUCCCUACAAUCCCACGGCGGCCACCUUCAUCCUGUCGGCCAUGUGGCACGGAGCCUACCCUGGAUAUUACCUCACCUUCCUCACCGGCAUCGUGGUCACGCUGGCCGCGCGGGCCGUGAGACACAACGUGCGGCCGUACUUCCAGUGCUCGCCCGCCCACAAGCUCCUCUAUGACGUCAUCACGUGGGCGUCCACCCAGAUCGCCAUCUGCUACACGGUGGUGCCGUUUGUACUGCUGUCCGUGGGCCCGUCCAUCAAGUUCUACAGAUCCUGGUGCUUCAGCCUCCACCUGGGCUGCGUGCUGCUGGCCGUCGCCCUGCCCGUCAAGCCCCGCCACCUGCGCCUCAAAGACCAGCACAAGACCCGGCCGCUCGGCCAGGACCAGGCCCAGGACCAGGACCAGGCCCAGGACCAGGACCAGGGGCUCCAGAGCCAGCAGCCCCUAGUGGCCACCGACGGCAACUGCAACCAGAAGUCCAAGACCACAUGAACCGCUGGUGUCCGGACUGCGCUGGGCGGGCCCACCGCCCCUCAAAGAGAGAGAGAGACCCACGGGGGAGGGGGUGGGGGCGGUGGUGGUGGUGGCGGCGGGACCAGCAGUGUGACAACCCUCCCUCCUCCCCUGACCUCUGACCCUUUCACCUGACCCCCCCCCCCUCCACACACACCCCACCUCCAACCUCUCCUACCUACCCACCCACCCAACCCUUUCCCACUCUGCCCCCCCCCCCCCCCAGCCCUCUGCCUGUGGUGUUGAGUGGUGGGAUGUUCACCGACUGUAGCACGAUGGCACGGAACACACAGCCAACAGGGAGAGGAAGAGGAGGAAGGCGAAGAGGUUUGAUGUUCACCCCGUGUGUCACCGGGACUCCUUUAGAGGCGGAGGGCGUGGGGAGGAGGGGGGGAGGGUGGUUCGGUGUUUUUACCUUUUGCAGUGUUGCCCCCCCAUCCCCCCCCCCCCUUUGGAAAAUGGGAGGCGGGGGCGGGAGGAGGAAGAGGUGGAGCAGGAGGCGGGAAAUUAUCUCUGAGAUGCCAUUUUUUCGACCAUGUGACUUUAUACAAACACUCCCAUUGGACAGUUUUGGGGCGGUUGACUGUGUUUUGUGUCAUGGGAUCGUGAUGGAGCGGUGGGAGGCGGAGCCAGCGGCCGGCCUUCCCGCCGCGGACGUGAGGCGAGGAACUCAACGCGGAUUCAGUGUGUGUGUUUGUUUCGGCUCGGCGUGAGGAGGGACCCACUAGGGAAGGGAACGGAUUUGAAAUAACAGAGUAAAUUAUUUUUAUUUUUUAUUUAAUUGUUGUCGUCGAGCAGAUCGGUUGAAUGGAAAAAUGGAAUCAAAUGAAUUGGUGGUUUAAUUUAAAAGGAAAAAUUUAUAUUUAAAAGAGGGAGUGCGAGUGAGUGAGACGAUGGUGAGGUUAUGGAGAAGCGAUGAAUGAAUGAACGAACAAGGCAAUGAACCAGCAGAAGUGUGUGCGAAUGAAUAAGUAAAGGGAUGCGUGUCCGUGUUUUCCAGCCGGUGAUGUCACAGCUCUCGUUGAUAUGAUUUGUCGUCAACAGGACCCUCCCACAGCACACUUCCUGCUUUCAGUGUGACAUCACACAGGGUGCGAGCCUGUGAUGUCACAGCAUUGCGCCAGCGUCACAUGAUCAGUAUUUCUCCAAUGGCCAUCAAGUGUUUCUGUCAUACAAGCGGGUAUGAGGUCACAAAGUCACACCUUAAAGAAUGAUCCGGAAAUUCGAGCGGUUUCGGGAAAAGUGCCAAUAAUUAUUUACACUCGGACGCCUUAGCUGUUGUCAGUUUUUUUUCUUUUCUUUUCUUUCAGUGAAGAAAGUAAAAAAGAAAUGCAGGCCACUUUAUACUACAUGACUUAAUUCUUCUUUGGUGUGCGUUGGAAAAGGAAAUGUGGAGUAUUACGGAGAGGAGCUUCUUUGCGUUUCCAUCGAUUUUAGAUGUCAACUUUUGUCUAUUUCUGUGCUUGUUAUGUGUAUUAUACCAACAGAGUUUUACUGUAGUUUCAUGGAUGACAAUUUAAAACCGAUCCCUGGUUGUGGAGGAAUGGGGGAGGGCGGGGGUGUAGGUAGCUGUUACGGGUUACCACGGUAACCCGUUUGCCUGUGCGCCUCAUCUGAGAGAAAUGGAAGACGGUUCGCGACACCAGGCGAUACCAUUGCGUUUACCUUACACAGGAGAUGUGGAUGACACCAUUUUGUAAAUUCUGUGAUUAAAAAAAAUAUGGAUUUUUUUUUUUAAACCAAGCCUUGGGUGUGUGUCUACUUUGUUACGAUUGGGGAGGACAUCUUACUUCCGCUCACCGUUGCAGUUUGUUAUUUUAAAUGUGGAAUUAUUCAUUUAUUUGGUCAAUUAUUUGUGUUUUAACAAGCGACAACUGAGCUGAGCUGAUUGCAGUGUCUCUCGUGAACACAAUAUCUUCUGUUUCACUGAUUGCUACCAUUUAGUCAUGUGUUCAGGACAUGCUUUUAUCCAAAGUGACUUACUUUUAUCCAAAUGAAUUUAAGAUACGUGAUGUCAUUAUGGAGUAACGCCUUCAAGUCCCCUUUGUGAGAGGAAAAUGUCUGGGAAUGAGGUCAGCCUAGCUGAGAGCGAUGAGGCCGGCGUUAGCAUUCGGGUAGCGUAUUGAGACCUCUUAGUCAAAAUGACCUCCAUGGAGUGCCCUGUUCAUGAAGAAAAUAAAAUGUAGAAAUCCGAUUGUAUUCAACAGCGAUAAACAUACCAAUAUUUCACCUCUACAGACGGCUGGGGUCAUCGUCUUUGGAGAGUCAUGCCUUUUGGUUUCACAAAAAGCCAUGUAAGAGCAUGUAUGAGCAACUUUCUGUCAAUAAGUCAGUGAAGUGUUCAAUCACCUCAGAGCACUUUGAAAAAUGAGUUACUUAUAGCUUGUUUCCUAAGUCUAUGAGCAUUGGGGAUCAAACCCAGGAGUCCUACACCCGAGCCGCUGCGCCAUCACCUGUUGGUAUCAUGGGCGUGGGUCAACGGUGGUUUGAAAAGAGAAAUUGGUGAUUGAACCGUUCGUUGUCCUUUUAUUACACGUCUUUUUCUAACUCUUUUGUUUUUAGUCCCGUCUUUCUAUCUUUGUGGUAGGAAUGGUGGGGGGGGGGUUCUCCGUGGAUACAUUGUUGUAUUCUUUGUGGUCAAGAAACUAAAUUAGUUUGAGGAGUGUAGCUUUUAAUAAGGUCAUCUGUGGGUCCUCUCUUCAUCCAUAGCCAAAUCACAACAAUAUACAAUGUGCAUGUGGACAACAGAAAGCAUCCCAAACUAGCAUCACAAUGUUUUGUCAGACUUUGGGAUUCAAAACGUGAAAAUAGUGCACAAACUGUUAAUUUAACUGUUGACCAACAGUUGAUAUCAGAGAACCGCAUACGAGUGAUACAUCACAUGGAUUACUUUGUAUUAGCUUUUCUGGUUCAUAAAUAAUACAUUUGAAUUAAUUAGAAUUUCUAGAAGGUGCCCACGCAUAUUGAAAAUAUUGAUUAAAAAAACAAAAGUUCCAUUUAACCACUGACAAUCAGGGACUACAAAUACUCAAAUGACCACAAUAGAAUAUUAUAUCAACAUCUCUGGCUGUUUCACAUUAGUGAAACUCGCUAAGUGCAUUUUUGGCUGCAGCAACUCUGAUAGAAAUAUCGCAGUAAUAAGCAUUCACUGAAAAUAUGCAUGAUGAGGCUUUUUUUUGUAUGCUAUUAUGAUCCCAUUUUCUAUAUUGACAUCAAAUGAGGGCUUCAAUCCUGUGACCUUAAAUUCCAUGAAAGAAGUUCAAGCUGCCAUCUUGGUACUUCUGGACCAAAAAGCAACCAGUCACUUUUCUUAUUAUAGGAGAGAGACUGAAGGGACAUGGCUGACAUAGUUGCGUACACCCAAGCCAAGUUUUUUUAAAAAAAAAGUACCAAUACCUAUUAGACAUCUCUAACCUAUACUUAAUGAUCUCUAACCCAAUACCACAAUUAACCAUCUUUAAAUGCCUAAACUUAACCAU